CGAUAACGUGAAGUGGGAAGUGAAAUAUAUAUCGAUGCGUACUGAACACUUGCACUCAACUAGUCCUCGCCAUGAAAGCACACACGACUCUCACUGCUCUGGCUACGGUCCUCGCUUGGCUCUCUCUCGCCGAAAGUGCCAAGCCAGUGACAGUUUCAGUGUAUUACGAGAGUCUAUGUCCUGACAGUCAAAGGUUCGUGGUUACACAGCUGUACCCGGUAUGGCAAGACCUCAAGGAAAUCAUGUUGCUCGAUGUGAAUAGCUACGGCAAAUCUAAAGACACCCCAGCAGGAGAUGGUUACACCUUUGAAUGCCAAAAUGGACCAGACGAAUGCGAAGGGAACAUAAUGCUAACGUGUGCCAAGAAAUACAGCUCUGAGGAACAGUACAUGUCUUUUGCCAACUGUACUAUGGCAGAACUUGUAGGCACUGCAGCGGGAGCUAGAUGUGCCGAGGUGUCAGGGGUCAAUUAUACUAGAGUUUAUGACUGCUUCAACUCCGUGGAGGGUCAGCAGCUGCAGCAUGAGGUGGGCGUGAAGCAGGCACAGCUCAACCCACCUCUUAUUUUCGUGCCUUGGAUCCUCAUUAAUGAGGUGUUUACGGAAGAACAGCUCGACGCAGCUCAGGACGACCUCAGGAAAGUUGUGUGCGAUGCUUAUGAAGAUGUCAAGCCCGAGAAGUGUUCAGUAUAGAAGUAUUUUAUGUAUUAUUAUCGUUAUUGUUAUUAUACUUAUUAUGACAUUGUUGUAAUUAUGCAAUUAUUAUUGUUAUUAUUAUCUUUAUCAUUAUUAUAAUCGAUAUCAUUAUCAUCAUUGUUAUUAUUAUCUAUAUUGCAGUUAUUGUUUUCAUUUGUCAUCAGGACCUCAGAAAAGUGUGUAACCUUAUGACGACAUCAAGAUAGAUAAGUGUUCACUUUAGGAUUGACCACUGUUUUACGCGAAUACUUUUCUGCACUCUAACACACACACACACACGGUCACAGCCGGUAAACAAACAUACAUCUAGGUGGCAUGACGGAAAUAAAGUAUUUUCUGAAAUAA